AUGUUUCGGAAGUCUCAUCAGGGUCUUUUGGCCUCUGCCAAACACGCGGAUCUUUCUCCGCAGUCAUCCUGUGUCUCAACAUCACCACAGUCACUGCCAUCGACAGAUUCAAUAGGUCGGUCUUCAUUAUCGAUAGAGACCUUCCAGGUCGUUUCCAACCUCGGCGCUGGACCGUCCACCAAGCUGGAAUCUGGGGAGCAGCCUUCUUACGGUAUCACAGUUGUCAAUGAUCCAGAAAAGGCAACUGUGGAUAUCGUCUUUGUCCACGGUCUGAUGGGAAAUGCCCACAGAACAUGGUAUCACGAAAAGGAAGACGUCUACUGGCCAAAGGAUCUCCUCGGUGCAGACCUCCAAGAUGCCCGGACCAUGGUCUUUGGCUAUGAAGUGGAUGUCUGGCGCCCUUGGAAUCAGGUGUCACAGGAAUCGAUAUCCGGAUACUCUGCGGACCUGCUGGGCUGUUUGUCUGGAUACCGGAGGAAGGCCUCUACUCGUCCACUGGUCUUCAUUGCACACAGCCUUGGAGGUCUCGUUGUACAGCAGGCUCUCAUUACUGCCCGAGAAAGCCGCGAUCACUACCUACGCUGCAUUGAGACAUACACCAUCGGUAUCUGCUUCCUUGGAACACCUCAUCGAGGUGCAAGCUUGGCUGCCUGGGGUGGACGCUUCGCAGGGGUAGUAAACCUCGUCAAACCCACCAAUAGCCAGAUUGUAAGACUACUAGAGCCAAGGUCGAAGAAGCUGCUGGAAAUACGACGAGCGUUCCACAAUCUCCUCGAGAAACGGAAAGACGAAGGGGCGCGCAUCAGGAUCGUGUGUUUCUAUGAAACGAUCCCAAUGUUCAAGUCUUGUAUUGUCUCAGAGGAAUCGGCUACUAUCGACGGAGAACCAAGUUUUCCCAUCCUGGCCAAUCAUAUGGAUAUGGUCAGAUUCUCUGGGCACCAGGAUAAUGGCUACAAGAGCAUUUCUCGCGAGAUCCAGCAGAUCAUCAUAGACAAAGACCUGGGCUACGUCUGUCCUAACUGCGAUAGGAGAUGGCGAGCAGACCUCAUACCCGGUGCACCGUACUUCUGCCCUUUCUGUGGCCGCAAUAGAUCGGACUGGAAUUUGUAUCUCUAG